AUGGUUUUGUGGGUUUUUGGAUAUGGAUCUCUGAUCUGGAACCCAGGUUUCGAUUUUGACGAAAAGCUCAUUGGCUACAUCAAAGACUACAAACGCGUCUUCGAUCUCGCUUGCAUCGAUCACAGAGGUACGCCUGAACAUCCUGCUAGAACUUGCACGUUGGAGCAAUCCACCGGAUCUAUUUGCUGGGGUGCUGCUUAUUGUGUUCGUGGAGGACCCGAGAAGGAGAAACUAGCUAUGGAGUACUUGGAACGAAGAGAGUGUGAAUACGACUCAAAAACCCUUGUUGAGUUUUACACUGAAAAUGACACCUCUGAGCCAAUCUUGACCGGAGUUAUAGUAUUUACGUCAACACCAGACAAAGUGUCAAACAAAUACUACUUGGGCCCUGCCCCAUUGGAAGAAAUGUCGAGGCAAAUCGCAACAGCCUCUGGACCUUGUGGGAACAAUCGGGAGUAUCUUUUCAAGCUGGAGAAGGCAAUGCACGACAUUGAGCACGAGGAAGAGUAUGUGAUUGAAUUAGCAAACGAGGUGAGGAAACAGCUCGAUUUAGUCGAUUUGCCUAAGGAAGUGAAGGCAUUGUUGAAGCCUGUGGUGUCUCAUGUACCCGUCAAUUCUCAAGCUCAUGUUUCCUCCACUCUUCAACGAGUCUUCGCUUCAUGA